AGCCUGAGAAUGAAAUUGGAAAUCGCCGAACCGCACCCGUGCAGUCCACUGCCAGACUUGAGGCAAAAGCUGCCGCCAAAACAUCCACUGACACAGGUAUAAUAAGGCGGGAAAACUACAUCUUCGUACUCGAACAAGUGUAGACUGGAGAGAGAGAGAGAGAGCGUCCAUAGUUUUUCCUCUAUGGAUAAAUACCUGGUCCCUCUCAACCCUACUCAUCAGACCAAACCCAUCAAAAGGCCUAGGUGGAAGCGGAUUCUCUCUGAAUUGAACGGGAAAUUCGAACCCAAGUACCGGCACGACGUUUCGGGUCUUCUGUUGCAAUCUUAUUAUGAGGUUGGAUUGUUUGCUCAUACGUAUCACAUUGGGGGAGCACAAUGUCCGACACAUAUGUGCUGGUCUCUUGAUAUUGAAUAUAUGGAUUACCAAGCGGCAUACAGAAAGCAGGGUGUCUCCGCUCUGGAAUUUGACUCCAAGGGUAUAUACUUAGCAUCGGUGACAAAAGCAGGAUGCUUGACAGUGCAUGACUUUGAAAAUCUUUCUUCCCAGGUGAACUUCAAGUGUCCUUCGGGGUUUAAAGAAGACGAGACAAAGCAUUUACUACAUAUUUCUACACCUCAACAACUUGAUGUGGUUAGAUGGAAUCUUGCAAAUCAGGAUGAGGUAGCUUGCACAUCUAUGAAAAGCAGUGAAGUGCAUAUCUUUGAUAUUGGUUAUAUCUCGUCCGAACCAGUUGAGGUGCUAAGAAAGCGGCCUACCGGUAUGAAAUCUGAUGUUCAUAGAGGUUUAUCUGAUAUUGCUUUCUCUUCAAAUAGUAAUUCAAGGGUGCUCGCUUCUGAUACAUAUGGCGUGGUAAACGCGUGGGACAGAAGAAUGAGUGAUCUUCCAUGUCUUGAGCUCACAACUCAUUCAAGCAGCAAGCUCAAUAGUAUUCAAUUAAUUGAAGAAAAUCAGGUUGUUUUUGGUGCUUGCGAGAAUGGUAUUAUACAUAUCUGGGAUCUUCGUGGAGGAAACCCAGCAACUGCUUUCCGAAGCCAUAAAGAGGCACAUUCUCCUGUGUCAUCGGUGAAAUUAGCAUCAGUUCUGGAGAAAGUUGGGUCUUUGAAGGCUCAAUCGUAUAUUGUUUCGAAGGGGAUAUAUUCAAUUGAUAUUGAUCCAUCCUGCCCAUACCAAUUGGCAUUCCAUCUUGAUGAUGGUUGGUCUGGUGUUUUGGACAUACAUAAUUUCCAAGCGACACAUGUUCAUUGCCCUCCUCCUCCUUGGCUAGAUGGUGAAAAUGUUUUCACCAAUUUAUCAUGCUUGAGGAAACCAUCAUGGCUACGAACAGAUUCAAUCUAUGCUGUUGGAUCAGCAUAUAAUGAUGGAAUUCAUCUUUUGGACUUCUAUCCAGACCCCAGCUCCCCAUGCCACGUUGACUACAAUGAGGAUUUACAGUGUGGUCCUAGGGAAAAUAGCCAUCACAAGCAAAAUAGGUUUGUUCCGUUGUCUGAAGGUGUCACUGCAUGUGCAACUCAUCCACUCAACAGCACCAUUGUUGCUGGAACCAAGCGAUCAUCUUUGAUGCUGAUUUCCCAAAAAUACUGGUCAGCGGAUGCAGACACAACUGUGUGAGGAAUGAGAAAAACUACUGGAAGCCAGAUUCAAAACCCAUAAAUCAGAAUACGCUGAUCGGCAUUUCUGAUAGAAGCCGGUGAUAAAAAAAGGUUUCACAACAGGAAGUGCUAACCUGGGCUCUCAAUCCAUUGAUGCUCACUACUGAAAGCAUGCACUAGCCCAGAAAAAGAGUUUGAAGUCCUUGGAGCUGUCACUGGCUUACAUUUAUUGUAGGAGAAAUGGUGGCAAGAAACUGCUGUAUUGCAUUAAAUUAUUUAUGGAAUUGAAAAUAGCUCUCAAUGAAAUCAUAUGGGUUUCCUAGGUGUACCUGCCAUGGAGCUCAGCUGGUUGGAUU